AUGCCCACAGACACCUCAGCCCUCGUGACAAACGGCACAGAUGCAUCCUCGAAGCCACCCUCGUCUUCUAAAGCCGCAGCCAUCUCUGUUCUCGACCCGUCUAACUUCCCUCAAACCCUGUCCUCCGAAACCAUCUACAUCUCACUCGUCUAUGACCCUCUCGACAUUCCAGCGUACUUACGCUUCACCCGCUCACCCACAGCUGGCGCCAACGUUUUGUUUCUGGGCACCACUCGCAACAACUUCGACCAUCGCCCUGUCUCUCGGCUUUCGUAUUCUGCCUAUCCUUCCCUGGCCCUGAAAUCUCUCUACGCCAUUGCCGAAGAUGUACAGAAGAAGCAUGGGCUAGAGAAAGUCGUCAUUGUUCAUCGACUGGGUGAAGUCAAGGUCGAAGAGGAAAGCAUUGCUGUUAGCGUGAGCAGUGGGCACCGUGCCAGCGGCUGGAAAGGCGCUGAAGAGAUCCUGGAGAGAGUCAAGGCUCGAGCAGAGAUCUGGAAGAGAGAGUGGUUCGCGGAUACUGGAGAAGUCGAAGAAGGUGUUUGGAGAGCAAACAGAGAUACGGACGGGCACGGCAAUAUUGUACAGCCACAGUAA